GCUUGUUCUUUCUCCAUGUUGGUUGCUUUGUCCAUGGCUGAGAUUUGUUCUUCUUGCCUUACUUCUGGGGGUCUCUACUAUUGGAGUACCAAGCUUGCUGGCCCAAAAUGGUCACCAUUUGCUUCAUGGAUAAUUGGCUGGUAUGUAAUAAUUUUUCAGUGGGCAAUCACAUUAAGUGUAGAUUUUUCACUUGCACAGCUUAUUCAAGUGAUCAUUCUCCUUAGCACUAGUAGAAAAACUGGUGGUGGAUAUGAGGCCUCAAAGUACUCAGUCAUUGCUUUCCAUGGAGGAAUUUUGCUUCUUCAUGCUAUCACAAAUAGUCUUCCCAUAUCUUGGUUAUCUUUCUUUGGACAGUUGGCUGCUGCAUGGAAUAUUGUUGGAGUGUUUGUUCUUAUUAUCCUCAUUCCUUCUGUUGCCACUGAGAGAGCUAGUGUCAAAUAUGUCUUCACUCACUUCAACACUGAUAAUGAGCAAGGAAUCAGCGACUCAGUUUACAUUUUCAUUCUGGGGCUUUUGAUGGGUCAGUAUUCACUAACUAGUUAUGAUGCAUCUGCUCACAUGACAGAAGAAACCAAAAAUGCUGAUAAGAAUGGACCAAGAGGAAUACUUAGUGCUGUUGGGAUUUCUAUCAUUGUUGGAUUGUGUUACAUACUUGGCAUCACUUUUGCGGUAACCAAUAUCACAUCCCUUUUGGAUGAAAAUAAUGAUUCUGGUGGUUAUGCCAUUGCUGAAAUAUUUUACCAAGCAUUUAAGAGUAGAUAUGGUAGUGGUGCUGGGGGUAUUGUUUGCUUGGGAGUGGUUAUUAUAAUUCUUGAAAGUCUAGUGGAUGAGAAGAAAGUAGUAGAAGGCCCUCUUGAGUUGAGUCUGAUAUAG